AUGGCCGGAGAACAACAUAGCGAUCACAGCCCUCCCCUCGUCAACUACAACAUGGACGACGGCCCGCCAUCCCAUGAAGCGGACGUUCGGGACGGUCAUCCAUCCACCCCGUCUCCAGAGCCCCAAAACAACGGAGAUGCCUCUCACGCCCACAAUUUAGGGGCAGAGACAUUUCAUCCCAUUCCCGUUCCCGUUGAAGGAGACGCCGUAAUGAUUGCCAUGGUGAAUGCCCUCAAUCAGGCCGGUUCUAUGCUCCACCAGCAGCACGAACGAAUCGUGGCCCUCGAAGCCGAACGACAAGAGGCCCGGCCCCAGCCGGUGAGUAGGAUACAACAACGUUCGGAGCCAACGAAGAAGCGAGAACGUCGCUCUCCCGAACCCCACGCCAGCAGGGCACGCGCCCGUCGUGACGGUGGUCGAGCGAGAACAUCACCAAGGCGCGGGCACAGCCCCGACAACAACGAACUGUCUCCCUUAAGGAGCGACGAGGAAGAUUUGCAUUGCCCCCUAUCUCGGGCAAUAAUGGAAGCCCCGUUCCCCAAAGGCAUGGAGAAACCGCCAAACCUAGCUGUGUACGACGGGACGACAGAUCCCGACGAUCACGUCGACAACGUCAACGCGAUGCUCGACUACCGCAAUGAUAUAACCGGGCACCUCAAAUGCCGACUGUUCUCAACGACCCUCAGGAAAGGGGCCAUGGCCUGGUACAAAAGCUUGGCCCCUGAGUCCAUUACGUCAUGGAGAGUCAUGAGGUCCAUGUUCACCCGGCACUUUACAGCUUCCCGUCGUCACCCCAAGACUGAGGCGACCCUUGAAGCCAUAGUGCAGAAGAAGAAUGAAACACUGCGCUCAUACAUCGAGCGAUUCAACCAGGAAGCUGUCGAGGUAGAUACCACCGAGCACAUGAAGAAGUAUCUCCUCGAGAUAGGUCUCUUGCCCGGCAGUGAACUUAGCAGGGCCGUAGGGAUCGAGCCUCCCCGCACCUUAAACGAGCUCCUGCAUAAAGCCCAAGCCUACAUCAGAUACGAGGAAAAGCAGGUGGCACACAAUGCCCGCAGCGGACGUAACGCCGGGGAGACCGAGCACUCAAAACGCGAGGACACGAGCAUUUCCCGUCGCAACGGGGACAAACGAAGAGAAGAAAGACCUCGCGAGCUCCGGGAAGGAAGAGGCCCCGCGGGCAGAUAUAGCGAGUACACCUUACUGACGGCUCCUCGAGAGCGCAUCCUCGCAGAAUGUAUCAACUCUGAAUUUAAGCAGGGCAGGGUCAGGUUCCCAAAACCGUCUGCACCAAAACCCCACACCGACAAAUCAAAGUACUGCCGGUUCCACAGAAGUCACGGGCACGUGACCGAAGACUGCGUCCACCUGAAGGAUGCGAUAGAAAUUUUAAUCCAAGAGGGGCACCUGAAGCAGCAUACGAGGAAGAACGAAGCUCCCAGACACGACGAGCCAGAGAAGAAGAGACCCCGGGAAAACACACCACCCGACAACUCCCCCUAUCAAGUGGCCCUCUGCGUGUCACGACCGGAAGAUUUCUUCCUCCCCGAACCAUUGCCCGAGGGCAAGAUCACUGCACUCAGCCCCUGGGAAGACUUCCCUACCACACUGGUGAUAUCAGGAGGAGGAACUAACGGGGAAUCCGCGGCCCUCUCCGUCAAACGUAAGUUCGACGAACUCCUACUGACUGCCCCCGAGCAGAAAGCGACAUUGACAAAAUACCGGGGAAAAUCCAACACAAUAUCCUUCUUCCUGGAGGAACUCCCGGGCGGAUCCCCGAACUCGGCCAUCCCACUAUUGAUAAGAGCAAAGAUGGCCCGAUUCGACGUACGACGCAUCCUGGUCGACGAAGGCAGCUCAGUGGAUAUCAUGUACGUCCACCUCUUCAAGACUCUGAAGCUAGACAAGACCAACUUAGCCCCCUACGUCGGAUCAGAUCUCCAAGGAUUCAACGGAGCAACAACCAGACCGUGGGGAUAUGUUGAGCUCCUCGUCACCUUCGGCGAACAAGAAACGGCCAGGGAAGUCAAAAUCCAAUUCCUGGUCGUAGACUGUCCGUCUCUCUACAAUUGCAUCUUUGGACGCCCGACACUGGCCGAACUCACUGCGGUCCCAUCCACCGUCCACCUGAAGAUGAAAUACUACACCAAAUUGGGACGUGUGGUCACCAUCCAUGGUGACAUCGAAGCAGCCCGGCGAUGCUACGACGCCGCAGUAAAAGGACAGGCCGUAGUCAGCACGAAGAGCAACUGCAAUAACAAAAAACUCAAGACCGAGGAUCCCGCCCGAGGAGUCAACGCCAUCGACCUCGACUGUCGCAUCGGGCUGGACGAGACCAAAGAGGGGAGGUUCCCCAAGGAACGCUCUCUCGAACACCCGGUCCGACCAAUCCCCGACGGGGAGUUCGAACUCAUUCCUCUUGGGGACGAUCCGGAAAGGACGGUGAAGAUAGGUAAGGGACUACCCGAGGAGACAAGAGAAGAGCUAGUAGCAUGCCUCAAAGAGAACUCCGACCUCUUCGCGUGGAAUGCCGCAGAAAUGCCCGGGCUGGACCCCGAGAUCGCGUGUCAUAAGCUAGCUGUAGACCGGGCAGCCAAGCCCAUAGCACAACGUAGACGCAAGCAAUCGCCCGAAAAGGCAGAGGCUGCCGAGCGAGCUGUAAAAGACCUCUUAGAGGCAAAUUUUAUUUCUGAAGCCCAGUACACAACCUGGCUCUCUAAUGUAGUCCUCGUUAAGAAAAAUAAUGGAAAAUGGCACAACGGGACACAAUUCACGGACGGAGGAUUCCAGGACUUCGUCGCCAGCCUGGGCACCACACAGCAUUUCACGUCUGUCGAGCAUCCGCAGACGAACGGGCAAGCAGAGGCGGCCAACAGGGUAAUCUUACGUGGCCUAAAACGCAGACUCGGUGAGGCAAAGAGGGCAUGGGUCGAGGAGCUACAUAGCGUGCUAUGGGCCUACCGCACGACACCACAUUCUACCACCGGGGAAACCCCGUUCCGACUAACUUACGGCACCGAAGCAGUCAUCCCGGUGGAGAUACGGGCGCCAACGAGGAGGACGGAGGAGCCCCUAGACGAGGAAAUGAACGAUGAAACCCUUAGAGCCGAGCUCGACCUAGUCGAGGAGAUACGCUCCGAAGCAGCUCUCAGGGAAACGACCCUCAAACAAAAAAUAGCACUACGCCAUGACGCGAAAGUCAUAAAAGAGAGUUCCAGGUCGGCACCCUGGUCCUCAGAAGAAACCAGAAAAACCCGAGAGAGGGCAAACUGGCGGCCAACUGGGAAGGUCCUUACCGCGUCCGCGACAAAACGAGCAACGGGGCCUAUUACCUAG